ACAAUGACCACGUCUCAAGAUAUAUAUAUAUAUAUAUAUAGCGAGAUAGCGAAGGUCUUACGGCUGCUACCGCUUCUCACACUUCAAUCGCCAUUCUCUUCUGUUCUCCCAACCUCCUUCAUUCAUUUCCCUUUUCCUCAUGGCUUCUUCUAUCCCUUUCGUCUUUUCCUUCUGUUGGUUAGGAUAUAUGAUACCAUCUUCCUUGACCAUCUUUCAUCAGCCAUCCUCAUGACAUGGGCAUACCAUGCUAGUUGUCUUCUUUCCACUCUAUCUACAAUGGUAUCUUGUACACACGUCCUUUCUCAGCUCAUAUCGUUUCGGAUAUGGUCCAACCUAGAUACUCUACACGACCGGUGUAGGAUGUCCAUUUCAACGGCUUUUAGCUGCUUUUCUAUUUCUGAUGUAAGCGCCAGCACUCAGCUCUAUAUGUAGUUAUUGGCUCCACGAUACUGUGAUAAAAUUGAACUUUCGUGUUAAUGCUAAUUCUGGAACACCAUAAAAUGGAAUUCAAUCUCUGAAUUGAGAUUUUACCCUGAACAAUCCUGCUUUGUAUAUCUUUUUUUGUUGAACCGUCAGAUGUUAUAUAGGUUCACAAAUAUUUGAACUCCUGGGCUUGUCUUAUAACUACAUUGUCCAUCUGAAGAUCAGCGGGCUUGUCUCCAAUAACAAGAUAUUCUGUUUUAGUAACAUUGAUGUUCAACCGCCAUUCACAGUAUUCUUGU